UCGAGACACAAGUCUAGCAACAUCGUUUACAGACUCGGCCUUUUGAGUCCAUUCGUCGCCGUCCCAUAGUCUACCAAAUUUGUAGCUGUCGUCAAAUGAUAAUCAUCCUAUCAAGUUAAAUAGACGAGUAAACAAAAGAAUAUAUAUAUAUAUAUAUAAAUCAAAAUUUUGCAUUUUGGUUUACUUCGGAAGUCAAGGCCGUCCUCGUUAGAUCGACUAUAUAAAAACAUUCCCCCCCAAAAAAAAAGUUUCUAAAGCUGUCGUGGAUAUACAGAUAUGCAAUUUUCCAACUUUAUAGGAUGCAGUAUCGUUAGAUAUUUUCUUAUCAAACAUCAUGGAUCCUGAGGCAGUGGCUCACGUCGAUCUCAGUCCAUAUUGGGAUGUAGAUAGUAGAGACUAUGAUAACUGCGAAUGUCCCGGGCCGCCACCACCGCCGCAGUUUGUCAUUCCCCCUCCUCCCCCUCCUCCAUCUCUUCAGCUAUGCAGAGGUGGAGACGAUUCCGAUGUUCAGUACUGUCAUCUGGAACCGGUCGGUUCUGGUUAUACUCAAGCACUUUUUCCAUCCCUACCAGUUAUAGCCGUCUGUUCAUCAGUCUUCGUCGUGGCUCUCUUAGUUGCAUCCUUCAUCUUCUGGAAACACAAGAAGAAAGUCCAGAAUUUCUUGCCAUGCAAGGAUGACCACCAAGGACGAUGUGACCUGGCAGGAUCAAACGGGGUCACGUACGACGAUGUACUGAUCAACCACCAUCCUACACGACUACCACCUCAUCACACAGUACCAGACUCUCAAACACUAACUCCAAUAGAGUUGCUGGAAGUAAAGUACGAUAAUUUUGGACCUACUCAUCUGAUCCCGUUAAGGCAAGGAAAUUUUUAUCCCCAUCAUCCUCAUACUCAUCAUCAUCAUUCCGAACAACGAGGAAGAUCUAAGAAGAAUAAAGAUCACUUUAAUCCUAUCUACGAAGAAGUGUCUGGUGGUUCCGAAGAAAGAGCAGACAUUCGUAGCUAUAAUUCGGACGUGGAAGAUAGCGAAGCCGAAGGGAGAACUAUGGACAGUGAGGAUGACUUUGCGGAAGACGAACUAAGUUUAGCGAGAGAAGAUGGUAGCAGACCUUGUUCUGGAACUAGCAGUAUUAGGGGAUCUACUGGUGGAGAUCUGUGCAGGGAUGUGGGGUCAAGUGAUGGAGAAGGAGGUGCCAGCGAAGACGGAGGAGCAGUGAGAGGAUCCAGAGGUCUGUACAGAAGUAAUUCGGGUCACGAUACGUGUAAACACACGCAGUCUCUAGAAAGAAAUAAAGAUGGGCAUUCGAGUGACAGCUUUCAAGCCAAACAAAAUUAUUAUAUGAGUAAAGGGAUGUUGGGACCAGAUUUAGCUUAUCCCGACUUUGACAGAACGUCCAAUGUACCAUCUAGGAUGUGCCAUCCAGAAGAAGAAAUGACUAAUCCUUUGGACAUUUCGGACCAUCCAAAUUCAUAUCCACAGCCUACCAAUUCAAAUCUGUCCCCAGUUUCUCCUCUCGGUGGAUAUACAAGAAAUUCUCCUCCUCCCCCUCCAUAUGUUCCGGGAUUGACGUCACCAAGGCUAUCUUCUCAGCCGUCCCGACGCAGACCUGUGCCACAAUUUAGUACAUUCCACCCAAAACUCCAACCCCAAGGAUCCAACCCUCUUUCUCCUCUUUCUCCUGCAGAAAAUAUCUAUUCGACAAUAGACGACGAAGAGGACACUGAACCACAACAACAACCAUCUAGUCAAAAGCAUCUUGUGCCAACAGACAAGGAGCUACCGGAAGAACCGGAACCUUAUGGGGAUAUUCGACCGGACUUCGAAACACGCAUCGCAACUUGUACGUGAUGUGGACCACUUUCGAAUAACCCCUAAAGGAAGCAAGUGUUUAUUUUUUAGUUUUUCUGCCAAUCUUCGUGGUUGUGAUCGUUGUCGUCGUACAAAUUUUUUUUAACGACGACUAACGAUGAUGCACCUGUCGAUGCUGUGAUAACGGUCCUUUUGACCCUUCGCCACCUCUUCAUUUCUGCACAUCACGCAAUAGCAUGGGUUAGGUUAAUCCAUGCAAUUAAAAAAAAAAAAACAAAACAUGAAGAAGAUCGGCAAAUGCUCAAUUAAGUCGUCCUCGGAGCGUUUGUUAAUCAAGUAUGGGCCCACUAAUAGAUGACGACGGAAGUAUAGCAAUAAAAAAAAAAGUCAUUUUUGGUCCUUUCUUGCGUUUAAAUUAGGAACCACGUUUGCGAUUCGCACUCUCCUUUAUAUAUUAUCUUUUUUCGAAACGGAAAAUAUCAAUAUGCAACCGAUUUUAUGAAUGUUGUUAGAAGAAAUUUUAAAGAGUUGGUAGAAUAUGUAUAUCCCAUCAUUAAUAUUAUGCAAUCCUGCCCUUUAUAACGGAAAAAAAAACCAUUACAAAAGAUAUGCUAAUAAGAGUAAUACAAUAAUAAUAAUAAUAAUAAUAAACAAAUAAGAAAUUUUUUCAGUCAAAGCGCGUUAUAUUCUUCCAAGAUUUCCAGAAGCAGGAAUUUUAAAAGAGAAACAUUACAGUUCAUAAACUACACGGAGCUAUUUUUGUAGACUUAUAAAGGGGCUGAAAAUAUGCGAAAAAAAAGAAUAUCUAAGAAGAGAAACCCUACAGUUUUUACAGACCACCGAAUAUAUAUAUUAAAAAAAAAAAUCCGAAAUCAAUAGAGGACGAAGGCGCUAUAAGCGGAAAAGUUUUCAAGAAACACGAACAUUUCGCGUUUUGUGGUAAAAAUUUGUUUAUCUUCUAUAUGGUGUUGUGUAAAACUGUGAAAUUUCGUGCGGUCGUAAUUCGUUUGGUUAUUCCCUCGACCUCAUAGGCCUACUACCAACAGGACUUUACCAAUUUGUCUGCAAGAAUUUCAAAUUUCCUCAAACAAAACAACAAAAAAAAAGCGAUUUUGUGCGCUGAAUUGACAUGUGUACAACAUAUCAGCUUUUGACUUGUGUAUUAUUUAACUAAAACAACCGAAAACGGUGAAUGAUUGUAAUAAAAAAUAUAAACAUAA